GUUCUAAGGGCGUGGCUUAAUCAACAUCGCUACCAUCUAGCCAUCAUGCUAGCCGAAGGAGUUUUGUUUAAAUAACUUUAUGAGCAAAUGGAAUAAAAGCCUGGAUUUUUUAGGUUCUAGCGUUAUUAUUUUAGUACACACUGGGAUAUAUUAUGGAAAUAACAACGCGUGUGUGAAGGUUGCUGUUUUCUUUGUUAAGAGGACCUAUUAGGUUAGCUGUCUCAGUGAACUAGCUUGUAAGCUAGCGCCGCCAUCACGAGCAGCACAACAAACACCAAGUCAAGCCCACAAGUCGUUUCGACGUUGGACAUUUCUGUCGUAUCAUGGAGAAGGCUGAUUUCUUGAAAGGACUUCCAGUCUACAAUAAGAGCAACUUUAGCAGGUUCCACGCAGACUCUGUUUGCAAAGCAUCUAAUCGAAGGCCCUCCGUGUAUCUUCCUACACGAGAAUACCCCUCUGAACAGAUUAUUGUAACAGAGAAAACCAACAUCCUCCUGCGUUACCUCCAUCAGCAGUGGGACAAAAAGAAUGCAGCAAAGAAAAGGGAACAGGAACAAGGUGAGGGGGACAGCCCAGCACCCCCAAGGAAGAUUGCCAGGACAGAUAGCCAAGAGAUGAAUGAGGAUUCAUAAAAAUGUGUGUGUUUGUGUAUGUGUGAGGGAGAGAAUACAUGUGUAUUUGCAUAUACAGGGUGUAGUCAAUAUAAACAAAAACAAAGAAUAAUUCCACCCAAAUAAACACUUGUGGCCAUCCUGUGCACCAGCUGGAUGUAUUUUAUGAAAGGAAAUUAUGUCACCCAGAGAUUUGGGGAAAUUCCUUUCACAAAUAAUUUAUGGUGAAAAGAUGAAGUGAGCAUAAUGUAAGCAGAUAAAUGGGAACUUCAUACUGGUUUUAUAGUCACGUUGACUAUUCCCUGUUGGUCAACAUACAUGUAUGUGCUUGUGUGCAUGCUGUGAGUGUGUAUUGUGUUGAAUGUAUGAGGUGGGUGAAUAGUCGAAAAUAAUUAAAGAGCGAGGCAGACUUGACAGAAAGUCACUACUUUUUAAAGCUAACUUGUGUAGUCUGCUGUCGUUUGGAGAGUCUGCUCUGAUCUGGUUUAAUUUUUGUUACUGUUUUAAUUUUAUUAUAACCUGUUGUUUAUGUAUGGCAAUGAGCUUCCUGCCAGCCACAGUGCCCGCCCUCUCAGUUUCACUGCCCACUGCAUCCACAUGGGGGCAUUGCAACAUUUCUCCACUGUUUGCAUCUAAAAAACAAAACCAAGAAUGCACUGUGACGAAGAGCACAAAGUAAAGCCACCUUCUCCAGAAUCUCCCCUGAAAUGUGCAUUUAAGGUGAAUAUUUAGAUCAGCUUUCUGUUCUGGGGCUUGCACUCAUAGAAUAAAUGUUGAUAUGUCUAAUAAGUAUAUGUACAUCUAGCACCACCUUCUGGCUGUUGGAGACUGGUAAAAGUGGGAUUUUUCUGUUUUAAAUGUUCUUGCAGCAAAAUAUUCAAAUGGAAGAAAGAAGGAAAAUGUUCAGUUUCACAACCUGAAAACAGCACAGACAAAAAAGAAAAAUGUCAAUGAGGGAAAAGGGAAAUAAAUGCUUUAUGUGGUGUGUGAAUGGUUACCACUACUAGAAGUGAUUUAUCCAACUGAUAUGUUUGUGUCCGCAUUUUCACUGAAUGAAACAUGCCAAUGGAUACAACAGAAGAAGACCCUUACAGUAAUAAUAAUAAUAAAGAGAAGCAACCCAGUGCGUAGUACACAUUAUCUUGCCUUGCAUGUUGACCUUUUCACAGCUGAAUGUUAUGUUCCAGGACCAGUUUAAAAAAAAAUAAAUGGGUGUCAAGCUGUGGCAUUGUCUUGUGUGACUUUGGAAGCGAUCAGCCUAGAGGCCUUUCAACUUGUCAUAAUUUGGACCCCAGCUCAGGGCCCCCGUAAGCGCUACUGUUCACCCUGUGUAACAGUCCUGGAGGGUUAUGUCAGAGAACUGGCUUAGAUUGCCAUAGGGGGUUUAAAAAGGUGUUAUAUUUUCAGCCAUAGAAUGCACAAUAAGCAUGCACAGGAAAGUGCAGUAGCCAUCCUACAUUGUUCCUCAGAUCCUGUUUGUACUGGUGUCAUAAACCGCAACACCGACUAAAACUUCUCUUUUUGUUAAAUGUUCUAAUCACUGCCUAGCAGAGUCGCAUUGAAGCCUCCUGCCCUUUUUUCAGUCGAUGCUGCCGUGUGGGUUGACAGUGUGGUUCCUACCUACGGUGUAAAUACCCUGAUUUUUGAGCAUAAAUCCAUGUUAUGCUUUAGCUCUGAUAGACUGUUCAUCUGCACCCUAAGCCUUGCCCCAUCUCGUGUGUUAGAUCAGAUGUUAUUUUUAGCUUUGCUCAAAUAAAACUGGAUUGAAACUGG